AUGGCCUGCUCACAGUCUCUCCUGACUCAGAUCUGGUGUGGACAUCUCUCUGUUUCAAACCCUUUGUGGAGAGUCCUGCUGUGUGUUUUCUUCUGCCCUCUCAUCUACCUCCAUGUCCUGGACUUCAGACAAGAUGAACUGAUUCAAAGAGAAGCCGACACCAAAGAGGAGAUGAAGUCUCUACAGUCGGUCACAGGCAGCGUCCCGCACAUGAGGAGUGAAGACACCCUGUCGGCUCAGAACCUGCAGCCUCUGGACGCCUGGACUCGCCUCGUGUCUCUGUACAGCUCGCCUCAGGUCAAGUUCUUCCUGAACAUCGUGUCGUACUUCUGCUUCCUGGGUCUGUUCUCUGUGGUCCUCAUGGUGGACUUCCAGAACACUCCGUCAGGACUCGAGAUCCUGCUCUACGUCUGGCUCUUCUCCCUGGUCUGUGAGGAGCUCCGACAGUUGACCUCUGACUCUGACGGAUUUGGAUUUCGGAAAAAGGCUCAAAUAUACAUCAACGACUUGUGGAAUAUCUUAGACGUGCUGUCAAUCAUUCUGUUCAUCGUCGGCCUGGUCUUCAGGUUGACCGCUGGUCUGUUUUAUGCUGGUAAAAUCCUUCUCUGCAUUGACUUCAUCGUGUUCUGUCUGCGUCUCAUGGCGAUCUUCACCAUCAGCAGAACUCUGGGCCCAAAGAUCAUCAUCGUCAAGAGGAUGAUGAGGGACAUGUUCUUCUUCAUGUUCUUGCUGAGCAUCUGGGUGGUGGCCUAUGGCGUGGCCAAACAGGGGAUCCUGAUCCACAACGAAGACCGACUUGGGUGGAUCCUCCGGGGGGCGGUCUACGAGCCCUACCUCACCAUCUUUGGAGACGUGCCCAGCAACAUUGACAACACAGACUUCGACAUCACCUCCUGCAGUCUAGACGGCAAUGACCCUCACAAACCGCGCUGUCCGGUGCUGACUGAGGACGACCUGCCGGCGUUCCCCGAGUGGCUGACGAUCCUGAUGCUCUGUGUUUACCUGCUGUUUGCCAACAUCCUGCUGCUCAACCUGCUGAUCGCCAUCUUCAACUUCACCUUCCAGGAAGUGCAGGACAACACUGACCGUAUUUGGAAGUUCCAGAGAUACGAGUUGAUAAAGGAGUACCACAGCCGCCCGGUCGCCCCUCCCCCCUUCAUCCUCCUCAGUCACCUGUACCUCCUCCUGCGGCUCGUACUGAGGAGACCUGCCCCGGCCAGCACCGCCUUCAAACAAGAGCUGUCACAGUUGGAGGAGGAGGAGCUGCUGUCGUGGGAGGCCCUGAUGAAGGACCGGUACCUGAUGUCCCUGAAGCAGCAGCAGAUGCAGAGCAUGGAGCAGAGGAUCACAGACACUGCUCUCAAAGUGUCCAGUCUGUGUGAGAGACAGGACCAAGAGGAAGACGGCAGCUCCAGACCUGUGGUCAGACGCCUGGUCCGACUGGAGGAGCAGGUCCUGCAGUCCGCCCGAGCUCUCCAGUGGAUCAUGGACAAUCUGAGACCAUCUGGGUUCAGACCCUCAGACGCUCCGUCACUGAAUCUCAUGCCUGAGGACUCAGUGGACGGUGUCUCCAACACUGCAGACAGAGAGGAGGUGUUCCACGUGAUGGCGCGGGAGCUCCAGUACCCGGGGAGCCGGGUCACACGCUUCCCUGUCCCAGAGGAGAAGGUCCCCUGGGAGGUAAGGACCACUCUGUACCUGAGGAGGAGGCCCCUGGGAAGUGAGGACCACUCUGUACCUGACGAGGAGGCGCCUGGGAGCUUCAGCUCCUACAACCCGCCGCACUACUCCUGUCCCACCACAGGGGGCAGCACACAGGGGUAUGUCCUCUCCUGCACUACACCUGUCCCACCACAGGGGGCUGCAAACAGGGGUAUGUCCUCUCUCCUGCACUACACCUGUCCCACCACAGGGGGCAGACCACAGGGACCAGAAGAGAAGGCUGACGUCCACAGGAACCCUGGAGGGAGGACGGGGCUCAGGGGACGGGGAAAGCUGCCGCACCUGGGACCCAACCGCAGCAUGGACCUCAUCAUCACACGAUGGAGAGACAGCGCCUGCUCAGAACUGGAGUUCCUGGUGCAACAAGACCGGAAUCAGAAGUGCCUCACGUUCCCAGGGGGACAUGUGGACGCUGACGGACGUCUCCCUCUGAGUUUGACCAAAACUCUGGGACCGAAAGUAUGUGAGAAGAUCAGCGAGCUACUGUCUGAGAAGAGAGAGGUGCUGCAAGUGUAUGAGGGGUACGUGGACGACCCCCAGAACACGGACCAGGCCUGGCUGGAGACCUCAGUGCUGAACAUACAUCUGCACAUAGACUGCCCCCUGCUGGUCGACAUCAGCGCUGCGGUGACCCGGCUGCAUCAGUCUCUGCUCCGUCUGCAGUGGGUGGAGGUCAGUGGGAGGGCACGACUGAGGCAUGACCAGAAGGAGCUCCUCAAGAGGGUGGCCCAGCACCACUGCAGCAAGUUCUGA